AUGUUAAACUGGGCUGUCAAAAUCUACUCAGAAUACGUAACGAUAGUCGAUGGAACAGAGAUGACAGUGACUACAAUGGAUAAAGGAGCAAUCAUCACUCGGAAUGAAGAUGACAAAAAAGGAGUUCAGCUGCAACACGGAAACCAAAUAUUUAUGAGUACACUAGAAGAGGAAAAAGAAGAAUUGUGGAAGACUGUGAAAGCAUCAAGAGAUUUCACUGAGUACUUCUACAUUGCCCUACUCGACCAUUUUGAAAUAUUUUCCUGGCAUAACACGAUACGAAUAUAG